AUGGAGGAUUCCACCCCCCAGGACUCACCACCCUCCAGCAUUGCAAGCAACAGCAGGGCCCGUCGCUCGUGGACGGUUUCGGCGGACUCAGAGGCGAUUCUGAGCUCCGGCCGGAGCAACGGGCAGUCAUCCGUUGCCUCCAGUAUCGAAAGACCAAAAACCCAGGAUGGAGAGGCAGGGGAUUCCGCCAGGGCUGGCUCCAGCAGUUUCUCCAAAUUGAUGAAUGCUCGUCGGAGGCGCAAGGAGAGAAAGAACAGUCAAAAACCGUCGGAGGACCUGCAGCCGGUGCCAAGCGGAGUGGUAGAACGAGCUCUACGAGCAAGUCGGUCGAAUGAGUCUCGAGAUAGCACCUCGGCUGCCUCCUCCUCAUCCGUAACCGUCGAGUCGUUACCCCCUGAAGGUGAUGUGAUUAAUUUACUGACAGAUGACUCCGAACCUGACAAGACUCCUCCUCUUACCUCUCACAACUCGCAUACCGGUUUCUACACCCUGUCUUCUCCGCUCAUUAAGACCACCUCUGUCGACCCCUCUGUCGACCCGACUGACACCGACGGAGCUCACGCCGAUGUGGACUCUGUAGUGAGCGGCCCGAGUGCGACUGGCUCGGAGUCAAAUACGGGCGAUAGUCUCCCAAGAUCUGCGGCCCAAGCAACCUUGGAGGUUCCAACAGAUUCCAAUGGAAAGAGGCGUGCUUCAGCAGCGAAACGUUUCAAGGAAGCUAUUUCCUCAUCACAGGACAAGAAAAGUGCCAGCGAGGACUCAGAACGCGCAUCAUCUAAGUCCGGGGGAACCCGAAGUGGACGGAGUCUAUUCAGCAGUCGGCGAAGCAGCCUGUCAUCAAAACGAGCUCAGCCGAGCCCGGAACCUGCCCCGCCAAUGCCGGCGCCCAUUCGGACCGACUUCACGGACGAAAAGUCAGUCGCAGAACAAAACCCUACGUCUCCUGAAAAGUCCCAUGCCAAAACUCCGUUGCCUACAACUCCCCGCCAGCCAAGCCUCCCAGCACCGGAAACAACAGUGACCCCACCAACGCCUACUGAGAAUCGCCUGCUCGGUUCUCAUACGAUGCCCAAUGUGACAGACUCCCCCGAAUCACCCAAACCCAGAAACUCCCUUUCCUCCGCUGGGAUUACGGUGAGUCCCUCUGGGAACAUGAUAUCACAUCGACGAGUGAGAUCUGCUUCUGCAGCUCAUGCCCCGAGCAAACUGUCUACUUCGACAUCAUUGAGUCCUCUCGAGGAGGCAAAGCCCCUUGCACAUCAACAAAGUGGCUUCUUUUCGUCUGUGUUCUCCGUUGCCCAGAACGCAGCAUCCUCAUUAAGCAACACCCUCAGCACUCAACAAAGGAAUCGACCCGUCUCUCAAACCGCCACUGCUUCUGCGAACAACUUGUCUGUCGAAUCUGCCAGUGAUGAAGCUGAUAAAACGUCCAGCAUAAGUGAAGAAGGGAAAUCAACGACUGUGGAGACCCUUGGGGCCGGUGAUCUAAGUUUCAGCCAUUUGGAUAUUGAUACACCGCCAGGCGAGGUGAUCUCUACCACUGAUGGGGUUGUUAUUACCAAGCCCAGCUCGCCUAUUGAAAAACGGAGAAAUACUGCUGUGUAUCAGAGGGACGAGGAGGCUGCCAAGCUCGAAGACAAGCGUGCAGCACGCGCAGUUCACAUGGCCUACGAGAAGCCUUCAGAUCCCAUCUUGGCUGGAGACGGCACCAUUACUGGUGAUCAUACCCCUCUGACAGGCAGUAUCAUCGACGGCGACCUGAGCGGUAUCAAACGUACCGGUAGUGCCCGCAGCCGACAGGCUCGGAGACAUCGGGGCUCUUCUGGGGCGACAGGAUCGACGGUCGCUGCCGCUGUCGCUGGUGCUAGUGCACUUGCAUUGGGUGCAUCUGGUGCCAAUUCCAGUGUUCCUCGCCUGACCGGUUUUGCUGUCGCGAGCAAGAAACGCAAUAGGGACUUCCACCAGCUUUUCCGAAGUGUUCCGGAGGAUGAUUACUUGAUCGAGGAUUACAGCUGUGCACUUCAACGGGAAAUCAUCUUGGCUGGUCGCAUCUAUGUCUCCGAAGGACACAUUUGUUUCUCCAGCAACAUUCUCGGCUGGGUUACCACGCUUGUGAUCAGUUUUGAUGAGGUUGUGGCGGUGGAGAAAGAAAACACCGCAAUGGUUUUUCCGAAUGCAAUCGCCAUCCAGACCCUACAUGCACGACAUACCUUCCGCAGUUUACUUAGCCGUGAGUCCACUUAUGAUCUAAUGGUCAAUAUUUGGAAGAUCAACCAUCCUUCUCUCAAAAGCUCUGUGAACGGAACCCGUGUGGCGGGUACCGGUGACAAGACAGAGAAGAUUGGCGACAGUGACUCGGAGACCGAGUUGUCCGACGAAGACGACAUUUACGAUGAGGAUGAAGAAGAUGACAACGCCGAUAGCCUUUUCGAAGCUGGAGAUGCGAGCAUGAACGGUAGCUCAACAUCUUUGCCGGCAAGGGGCAGAUUGAGCCGCCAGACUUCUGGCUUAUUGCCGGCUGCGAACGGAUCGCCACCUGCUGUUGGGUCGAAUGGCGAAGCCAAGAGUGGCAACAAAUCAUCGCUCGCCAAGGAUGCUGAAAAUGAUUUCCCCGGUCCGCCUACACAUGCACCCACUGAAUAUACGGACUCCGAUGGACAGUACGAGAAGGUCAUCAAAGAUGAGCUGAUUCCGGCACCACUUGGGAAAGUGUACUCCCUAGUCUUCGGUCCCGCGUCUGGAGAUUUCAUGACCAAGUUUCUGGUCGAGAACCAAAAGUCAGGCGAGCUGCAAUUCGAGGGAGGCAUGAAGGGCCUUACCAAUGAAAGCCGCACCCGGAAGUACUCAUACAUCAAGCCUCUCCCUGGCUCGAUCGGGCCCAAACAGACGAAAUGUAUCAGUACAGAAAAUCUGGACUUCUUGGAUCUGGAAAAAGCCGUCCUCGUCACGUUGACUACUCAGACCCCCGAUGUGCCUAGUGGAAAUGUUUUUUCUACCAAGACCAAAUACCUCUUUACCUGGGCUGCUGGUAACCAAAUGCGCUUUCUCAUGACCUGUACAAUCGAGUGGACGGGCAAAAGUUGGUUGAAGGGUCCAAUUGAGAAAGGUGCAAUCGAUGGCCAGACUACAUUUGGCAACGAGCUGGUCAAGGCCCUCAAGAUGGGUGUUGUUCCUCGCGGGCGUGCAGCUCCUGGGCGGACAAAAGGCCGGCGCAAGAAGGGUGACGCGGCAGCUCGUGAGGCAUCUACCGCAGCGUCAUUGAAGGCAGCAGCGGAUGCCAAUGCAGCCCAGGCGCAAUCUUGGGGCUUACUUGAGCCUGUUCGUUCGAUCCUCGAGCCCUUCGCCAGCUUAUUCAAGCCGUUAUGGAGCGGCAACAUCGCAAUCUUGGUCAUCGGCGUUCUACUAUAUAUGGUGUUUUUCCGGUCCCCAUCAGGGUCAUCUAUGCUCUCGCAUGAUUCUGGCUGCCCAGGUCACAGCUUACCUCAACGCCUGGCCGCAUAUGAGGAAAUGUGGCGACGCGAAGAAAGCGAGCUCUGGACUUGGCUGGAAGACCGUGUGGGCAUGGACGGCAUGGUUUUCCCGAAUGUCGCCACCCAUCGAUCAUCUGGGUCACCCUCUGGCCGCAGUUACUCCCGAUUCAAUAGCGCAGAUGAGCGUGAUCUAACUGCUCGACUGCGCGAGGAGCGGGUCUCCGAUCGAGAGAUGGACCAUGCAAUUCGGACCACCCGCCAACGGCUCGAUGUCCUUGAGGAGAUGAUAAGCAGGAACAAGGAGCGAUUGGUCGUUGACGAAGAGGCGAUCCGAUCCGAACUGUGA